CUGGCCUUCUUUGGAUUCCAAGCAGAAGUUUUGAGAGAGAUCCAGACUGCCCUCUCUCUCUCUUUCUCCUUCCGAUGCCAACCUUUCAAUGGAUCCGAGCAUAAACUACGUGCCGGGGUUCAUGUACCUGCCUUUCUGAAGAGACCGCCCAAUGGUUUAAAUAUUUUUUUAAAGAACAUUAAAAAGCGGAACGCGGUUCUCGCACUGGGUGGAAUCAUGACCCUCAACAAGAACGGAAGGAGUGUUUCCCUGAGUUGUUUAUGUAUAGUCUUCCUUAUCCCGACCUUAGUGGACGCUCAAUAUGAAAAAUACAGUUUUACAAGCUUUCCUCAAGCGGACAUCAUGCCUUUGGACUCGGCUUACGGACACGCAAUGGAACAGUACGGAGCGCAGAACUGGAAGGAGAGCAUCAAGUACCUGGAGCUCUGUCUGCGUCUUCAUCGACUCCUCAAGGACAGCGAGUCGUUCUGCAGUAAGAACUGCAGCACUAUCAGAAGGGACAAUGAAACGCUCUUCGCCGACAGUAGCCUCCACAUCAUGCGACACUUUAUACUACGGGCUUCUUGUCUUAAAAAGUGCAAGGCAAACUUCCCAGUGUUUUCUAUCGCGUAUCCGCGAAGAGACACGUUGGAAGCAUUCGAGAAGAGAACGCCCUAUCGGUACAUACAAUACGCAUACUACCAGUCAAACAACCUAGAGAAGGCCGUGUCCGCGGCUCACACCUUCCUUCAGAAGAAUCCAGAAGAGCCCUACCUCACCAAGAACAUGAAGUACUACAAGAGCCUGUCCGCUGUGGACGCGUACCUCAUCGACCACGAGCAGCCACCCUACGAGAGUGCGUUCCUGAAGGCUGUGAAGCUGUACAACGAUGAAGACUUCAGCACAAGUGCACAGAACAUGGAGCAGGCCAUCGCAGAGUACUUCAACGUGUACGAGCUCUGCCUGACCGGGUGUGAAGGCUCCUACGAGAUUCUCGAGUUCAAAGACUUUUAUCCGACUCUAGCAGACCUGUACACCGAGGUGCUGAAGUGCAAGGUGAAAUGUGAGGUGAACCUCACACCGAGUGUCGGUGGGUUCUUGGUGGAGAAAUUCGUGGCCACCAUGUACCACUACCUGCAGUUCGCCUACUAUAAAUUGAACGACGUCAAGAAGGCGGCUCCGUGCGCGGCCAGCUACAUGCUGUUCGACCCCAACGACCAGGUCAUGCAGCAGAACAUGGCGUACUACCGCUUCUACCGGGAGCAGUGGGGGCUGGAGGAGCCCCACUUCCUGCCCCAGCCGGAGGCUCUCAAAUAUUACAACCAGACCACCAAGCAGCAGGGAAUGUUACAGUUUGCACUCAACUACCUUCAAACAGAUGACGAGGACGUGGUGAGCCCAGAAGAGGUGGGAACCAGAGGCCCCCAGGAGACCCUUGAUGCAGAGUUUGAGGGGGUGGGGGAUUAUGAGGAGUCCUUCGUGGCGGAAUGGUGGCAGGAACCAAAAACAAAGUGGGACACGGGGGAGAUCGUUGACUGACCAACGUCUAUCCCACCUCACAUCGGCAAAUAAUUUUAAACCAAAGAAUACUGAAAUUCUUUAAACAACAGAUGUUUUGGUAGAAACAAAAUAAAUAAGUACGGAAGAGGAAAUUUAAAGUGGAGGAUGUUAACACAGGGAUGGAUACAUGAGCGCAUUAGCAAAUUUAUCAUACAUGAAAACCCUUAUUGUGAUCAGCAAUUGCAAGCAGUCCUGUUUUAUUGGACCAAUGGGACCGUAUCGACAUCAAUGUACUAUUUUUUUCUAUUGAUUUUUUAUUUACAUAUUUUAUUUAAAUAAAGUUGCCAGGAAUAUGCAGUUUGUGAGAGGUACAAUUAUGGUUAUUACCCUUGAUAGAUUUUUUGGUAAAUGGAUUAGAUUAACACACACACAGUGGAACAAUAUUAUAUUCCGGAGAAAUCGAGAUGCAAGGAUUUAAUUUCUGUGUUUUAUUUGUCUUUAAGGAUCUGUACAGAGCUUUCUUCAUUAUUUAAUUUUUACUCGAUUCAAAAAGAUAGUGUCUAAAAAUAUGGUCUAAGAUGCACCUUUUGCAUUUCUUAAUCUUCUUCACAAAUAACAGUUUGCACUUGAUACCAACAUAUUGUGUGGUAACAAUAGUGCAAACUCAGACCUCGAAUCAAACUUUGAUUUGAUUCGCCACUCAGACAUGUUUGCCCGAGUCCAGCAUCUCUACGACUCCCUAUAACCUAGGUAAUUUUCCUCUCAUAUACAGUAGAAACCUCCUAAGAUCGACAUUGCAGAGUCUCUUGGAAGAGGCAAUACAAAAUAUGAUUGUUGAAUUUUUUCUCUCCCAUUGAACAAGUUAUUCAAGUGGAUAACUUGUCAUUCUUUCAUAGUGGAUGGAUGACUAGCAUAGUCUACAUGAUAACAGACCGAAACAUGUUCUGAUGAAGUGGGAUUACAAGGUCAUUAUUUUCUCAAAGCCUUGUAAAUAAUAAAAUGAUAUACAGUGGAUUCAAUAACAAUCAGUAAACUUGCACAUAUUUACAAAGGUGUGCAUAUAAUGGACUUAAAUGUCCAUUUGUUGUCGUUAGAUGUUCUACUUUUUUCAUUUUUUAGGCAAACGUGAACAAUGGCAUCUUACAGGAAAUAGAAAGAUCUUUUAGAGGUACAAACUUCUCUUCUCAAUGAUGGCAGGAAUGUCAAGGUGAACACGGAAAGACCGCCCCCCCUAACACAAGUGUAAACAUUCUCUCUUGCUUUCUUAACAAAUCCCCUACAAUAAGCUAUGAGGGUACAUACAAUAUUUAAAAUUUUUGGGUGCCUAAGGAAGAAGUGAACACAGAAAUUGUUGUUAACACCUAAAAGUGGAAUGUAGGUCAGAGGCUGUGGUUAGAUUCACACUAAGUUACGGUCUCUACGGAUUCAAAAUGUGCUCAAAAAUGUUCCCAAAAACCACAAUGCCUUUCUAUCUCUUUUGUUUUGUACCUGAAAGCUCAUUAGGGGAAGUAUCGAUGCAUAACAAUAAACGUUUAUCAAUCUAAGUCAGCCUUUGCUUGUUUUAACGCAUCAUUGGUUUGCUAACCUUUACUUUUUCAAGGUCUUCAGCCUUUUAUCAGGCGUCCGUCUUUUAAAAUCGUGCAAUCAACCGUCACAUAUCCAAGUCUGGAGAUGUCAAUGUUGAGGCAGGUUAUAGGCCAUCCCACCCCAUUUCUUAGAGGAAAGUCCUUCUUGGGCUCCGACUCAAAUUCCUAUUGAAAGAAAAAGAAUCCCAAGAGAAGUCUGUGAACUUGGUUUAUAUGGACUCCAUCCUGUGGGCCAGGUGGUUGGUACUGGCAAGACCACGGCCCAAAUACAAAUGGUCCUCGUUCAUUUGUGUUCACAGUACACUCCCACACAGACUACCCAGCGGACCCCAAGAACCAGCCACUAGGAGGAAGAACAAUGUUUUGCAGAAAAAAACAAAAAUGUCUUUCUUCGGCGAGGGUACCUGGGUACGAUGCCAUGGCUGGUCAGCUGACAAACCACAGGAAUUUGAUUGGCUGGUGUUCAAGAAGGGAAAUGUAAAGGGUCAGCCCUCCCUCCAGGUUGACGGUGGAGCCAGGCUGGACAGGACCAAGGGAAGGGAUGGGUGGGCAGUAUAUAAAGAGGCAUGGAGAGAUGUAAGACAGAAGUGUGAAAGAC